CGAAACGUUCAUGGGAAUGGAGGACGACGCUUGAUCGAUAACGAAGCCGACACCUGUCCUCUUCUUCGUUCCCAAAAAGAAAAGGCUAAGGAAUGAACUUUUCUCUGACGGUGGUUUUAAAGUGAGUGUGUUUUCUUCUUCUUCUUCUUCUUCUUCUUCUUCUUCUUCUUUCCCAUUAACUUCGUUUCUCACAGAGCCAGAGAACCGGAGAUUCUGUCCAUCUCGGUUUACGGUUGAAAGAUUUUCCGUUCCCAAAAUUCUGUUAUUUUUCCAAAAAAAAAAGGUUAGUUCUUUUCUUCUUCCGGAUCGAGUUCGUGUGCGCAACCCAUUUCGUUUCUAAGGGCGAUUGAUGAUGAUGAUGAUGACGAUUAUACCCGAUUGGUGUUUCGUUUUCGUUUGAGGGAAAAGGGUUGAUUUUACAUGCUUUUAGGAGGGAACCCAGUUAAUUGUUUGUUGAUUUUCGACGAAAUCCUAAUGCUUUUUAAUGUUCUCUGAUGAAAGGUACUUAAUUUUUCUUUUUUUCUCGUCAUUUUGAUUCCGGGUUUCUGGGCACCGCUGGGUUUUCCUUUGAUGGGUUAUCUGUCUUCCUCGAGAUAUGUUCGUUUCUUGAACAUCUCCUUCGUUGUCAUCUCUUGUGUUCUAUUGAUCUUUUCUGCGAAUCCGGCUGAUUUCCCUGUCCAAAGAAACACUGUCCUAAAUCCUAAUCCUGAGAACGACUGUAGUGUCCUGAAAGACUUGCAUGACUACAAAUCCAAGUGCCUUCACCUGAAAUCCAUAGGCCCGUGCGUUGAUCAAGGUUUCAUAGACUAUCUAUCGUUUUUGUACUGCAAUUUCGAUGGAUUUCCAGUGUUGGGUCAGUUUCUCCUGUUCCUCUGGCUCCUUGUCCUGUUCUAUCUGUUGGGUGACACAGCAUCAGAGUACUUCUGUUGUUCUCUCGAGAGUCUGUCAAAGUUGCUUGAUUUGUCUCCAACUAUAGCCGGUGUGACCUUGUUGUCACUUGGCAAUGGAGCGCCUGAUGUGUUUGCGAGUUUGGUCUCUUUCAUGGGCAAGUCAGGGGGCACUUAUGAUGUUGGUCUGAACACAGUUGUGGGAGGUGCCUUCUUUGUCUCCUGUGUUGUGGUUGGAAUAAUAAGCAUCUUGUUACACCAGGAACACGUCCACAUUGAAAAAAAUGCGUUUCUGAGGGACAUUUGCUUCUUCCUCAUGGUUAUUGCAUCAUUGGUCGUGAUUUUGGUCCAUGGAAAGAUCAAUCUUUUGGGGGCAAUUGGGUUCUGUUCGCUGUAUGCUGUGUAUGUGGUCAUUGUGUAUCUCUACUGGAGGUUCGGAAGAGAGGCUUUUGAAUUUGAUCCCGAGUCAAUCCACCGGAAUGAUGUGAGGGAACCGAUCUUGCAGAAAGACAGAACUGUUCACAUUGAGGAGAGGGUGUUUGAAGAGGCCUGUAGGACAGAAGGCAGUUCCGAGAGAAAGUAUUGUUGUAGACUGCUGAUCCGAGCUAUCGAACUGCCUCUUAACCUGCCUAGAAGAUUGACAAUUCCUGUUGUGAGUGAAACCAAAUGGUCUAAACCGAUAGCAGUUGCCUCAAGCACAUUUGCUCCGAUCCUUCUGGCAUCCCUAUGGAACUGGGCCUGCAGUGGAAUGGGCGUGGAUACAAGCCUUGCUUACGGGAUUGGGUGUUUUCUCGGCAUAGUUCUUGGUUUCCUUGCGUCAGCGAAAACCGAGAAAUCAAACCCGCCAAAGAGAUGGCUACUGCUUUGGCUGAUAGGUGGUUUCGUGAUGAGCAUGACAUGGACAUACAUCUCGGCUCAAGAGCUGGUGGCUCUCUUAACCUCAUUAGGGUACGUUUUCGGGAUAAGCCCUUCAAUCUUAGGAUUAACGGUCCUCGCCUGGGGCAACUCCUUGGGGGAUCUGAUAACAAACGUGACAAUGGCGCUUCACGGCGGGACUGAAGGCGCCCAGGUUGCGAUAUCAGGAUGUUACGCAGGUCCUAUAUUCAAUACCCUUUUCGCCCUCGGGAUAUCGCUCGUGGGAUCGACGUGGAGGAUCCACCCGACGAGCAUCGUGAUCCCGAUGGAGCCGGAGCUGUUGGAGAGCCUAGGGUUCUUGGUUGCAGGGCUUGGCUGGGCAAUGGUGAUGCUGACCAGGAACAGGAUGAAGCUCAGUGGAGUGAUGGGCAUUGGGCUUUUGGUAAUUUACUUGGCUUCUUUGUCCCUCAGGCUUGUCCAAACCAUUGCAGAGUCUUCUCACUAACUACACACGUUUUUUUUUUCUAUAAAAUGAAAGUGACAAACGUAGGGGUAGUAUAGUAUGUAUGGUAUGGUCGAUGACAUACAUAGAGAUGAUUGUUCAAAUCGACGGCUUGUGUAUAUACAUAUUCAUAUAUAUAUAUAUGUAUAUAUGCAUUGAAAAUUCUUCUGUAACGAUUGUAUUUAUAUAUAUAUAUCUGAUUAUGUGGUUGUGGUAAUGUCAAA